AUUCCUACACGCUCUUAGGUAAGAUUUUCUUUCCUUCUCACUGCUCAUUGAGAAUAAGACGUAAGAGGAAGGGAAGUGAAAGCUGCCCUGGGAACACGAGUGUGAACUCCGCGCUUCUCUGUCCAGAGAUGGACUCAAAAGUUCAGGAAGAAAUCCCUGUGCAUGAGGAAUUCUUUCUCUGUGGUGGAGUUGAAACCCAGAUUAUAAAAUGUGGGCCCUGGACUAACCUCUUUGAUGAACAAAGUGCCACCAAGCCAAAACUGCUUAUCUUCAUUAUUCCAGGUAACCCAGGCUUUUCACCCUUUUACUUGCCGUUUUCAAAGACCUUGUAUUCCUUGACGAAAGGCCGCUUCCCAGUCUGGAUGAUCUCUCAUGCUGGGUUUGCCAUGGCUCCCAAAGAUAAGAUUCUUGCAGGACCAGAUGAGACAAAUGCUCAGGAAAUUGAGGACGUCUAUGGUCUAAAUGGUCAAAUAGAACACAAACUAGCCUUUCUCAGAGCUCACGUGCCAAAGGAUGUGAAGCUGAUACUCAUUGGCCAUUCCAUAGGCAGCUAUAUUGCUCUUCGGCUCAUGAAGCAUGUCCCUGAGCUGCCCGUCAUCCACACCUUCCUGCUAUUUCCCACUAUUGAGCGUAUGUCUGAGACGCCCAAUGGCAGGUUUGCCACUCCACUUUUGUGCUGGUUUCGAUAUGUGCUCUAUGCUGCCAGCUACUUAGUACUAAAACCAUGUCCUGAAAUAAUAAAGUCCUUCAUAACCACAAAAGCCCUUCAAAGACUGAACUUUACCUGUGAAAUUCCUGUGAAGGACGCUCUUCAACCCUUCUGCCUGGCUAAUGCUGCCUACCUUGGGAGUCAAGAAAUGAUACAUGUGCGGAAGAGAGAUGAUGAAAUCAUAAAGGAACAUUUACCUAAGCUGACAUUUUACUAUGGUAAAACAGACGGUUGGUGUCCAGUAAAGUACUAUGAAGACAUGAAGAAAGAUUUUCCGGAAGGCGAUAUCCGACUCUGUGAGAAAGGAAUAGCACAUGCCUUUGUCCUUGGUUUUAACCAGGAGGUGGCUGCCAUAGUUGCUGACUGGAUGAAUAAUAAGCUGCCCAAAAUAUAAACGCUGGCUCAGGGAAAAUGCACAUACAGCCAGUACAUGGGGUCUGUAGAUGUGCUGUGCUUAGGGGUGAAUGUUUAGUCUUAAAGCUUGAAAAGGAAACGUGAGACCCUCUUGGCUGACAGACCACCAGAUCCCAGCUCCCUGUGCUUGAACUAAAGUGAACACAUUGGCUGACUCAUUCUGUGUGUUCCCUGACUCAGGAAACACAGUCAUCUCCACAAAGAUUCCUCUUUCUACGAGAAGCCCAACAGCACUGUACAGUGCGGUUUGCCCAACAGGAUCCUUACAAGUGGAAGAAAUUCAAAAUAUAGGUGAUUUCCGUUGAAUUAUUACUUUAGCAUUGCUUGUCCUGGAUGCAAUUAUGAAACACAUACUAGAAAAUGAAAAGCCACCCAUGAAUGUGCAGUCAGUUAUGUGAAUUGUGUAAGACAGACAAGCACAUCCUCCUCUUCCAGUUGCAGAGAGCAAUGAGCAGGGGGCGCUGGCAGUGAACUUGGCUUUCCCUUCAGAUACCUGGGGAAAUCAAUCCAGACUUUGUGCAGAUCAUGGCUGAUGUCAUCAGCGUGUCUUCCUGAUCCUCCCACAGUAAACCAAGAAUCAAGGUUGCUUGACAUUUAUCAACUAACUAGACAGAAGUGAUGAAGGAUCCUGACUCUGACCUGCUCCAGGAUGGCCAGCGGGCUCCUCCUGAGCCUUAAAAUUCCAGUUUCCUGCAGGCUCGUCUAGAUCAAGAAAGGAGGGACGGACUGUCUAUAUCAGAUGUGUAAGGCCAUGGAGUGGCUCAUCGGUGUGAUUCCUCCAUUGGAGCUCCAUGGACAGGAAGCAGUGAACCACUGACACCAUUCAUGAUGCCGUUUGCUACCCUAUGGUCCUUUCCAUCUGAAAUUGUUCUACGACAUAACUUUUGGAAAGGUUUUAAAUUGUUGAGUAAAACAUUAACAUAAAUUCUUUCCCCAUUUGCCUAAACUUUAUUGAUUUGGAAGAAAUUUGUGAAUGCACAGAAGUCACCAAUUAAAAUUUGCAUUUCUUCAUCUCUGAAAGCAUAUUCCUGACUGAGCAGGGGAGGAAGUGCUAUGCUGCCUUCUCUUAAUUGACUCAAUCCUAAGAUCCUAGACCCAAUAAUCUUCAUAGUCCGUAGCGAUGGUGAUAAUUGAUGCACAAUUGGAAACAUUCCGUUUUCUUCUAGAGAAAAGCUCUCACAGCAGUAUCAUUCCUCAGGGACAGUGAGAUGGUCCUUUCUCUCAAAAACCUAAGAUGCUGGUGAAAUAUUUGGUUUGAAGUGCCGCCAGCUUAGUGGUGAGUGAUGGAUGAGUUCUCAUCCUCUGCAUGGCUUCUGUAUUGGAGCUCUAACUUCUUUGAGGGGAAAAGGCAAACUCCAGACAAGGAGGGUCUUAAUCCAUGGAGAAGACCAUUAGCUACACAGUGAGGUUCGAUGCUGCACACAAGUCCUAACUGGCAUCUGCACACAGAGGCCUUCUGGAGAGCUGACCUGGAAAUCCAGUAGUCAUGCUCUGAGUCCUGUGCUUAUAGGACAGGUCCAGUCAGUGGUGAGAAAUCAAUGCAUAGAAACAAGUGCUGGUGAGUCAGACCUACUGGAGCAAAAUGACAUUCAUAGAUUUCUUCAGGAAUUACUCUAUGUUACUCUGUGUUUUCCAGACUCUACUUAAGUAACCCAGUGCCUCAUUCCUUUUCCUCAUCUAAACAACUAAUGAUAUUUAUAAUAAAUGUUUUACCUGUGAUUA